CUUUGAUGUUGCAUGGAUCACAGCCCGCCACAUCCUGACAGUGAGAAUGAGUGAGAAUCUGGGUGCAGAGUGGGGCUUAAGUUUCCUACACGUGGCGCUCUUUGCUCCUCCAGAAUUGCUCUGUCUUGCGAGAUAAUGUCUUUACCACUAACUUUUGCGACCAUAACCCCAAAGACGAAGCACACCGCCACGGUCAUAUUUGCUCAUGGACUAGGAGAUAGUGGCCUGGAGUUUUCAAACAACAAGGAGAUGCGCACGAUCGCAUCCCAGCUUCCACACAUCAAGUGGGUGUUUCCGAAUGCGCCCGAGCGCACCAUUACCGCAUGGAAAGGAGACACAAGAAGGCGAAGUUCGACUAGGGGCUGGCUUGACGUCUUAGACGAGCCUUUGACAUAUUUGUCGGAACACGAUGACAUUCAGGAGUAUGAUGAGGGAAUCAUGCAAAGCGUCAAGCAUUUAGAUGCCUUUAUCCAGUCUGAGAUCGAUUCAGGAAUUUCACAAGGACGUAUCGUGCUUGGGGGAUUUGGCCAAGGGGGAGCAAUAUCCCUGAUCGCAGGUUUGGGUGGCAGUCAGUGGAGGGGUGGUUCUGACACGCAAGAUGGUUGGAAGUUGGGAGGAGUCAUAUGUCUAGGCGGUUGGCUCCCCAUGCGAGACAAAUACAAAAAGCGGUUGUCCGUGCACGCAUCUACGAUACCCGUGUUCUGGGGUCAUGGGGUACAGAAUGAAUCUGUGACCUGGGAUCUGAGCUGGGAGUCAGCCAAUUUCAUAGGAGAUAGACUCGAAGUGAGAUAUGGACAGUAUACGAAGGUGGGAGAGCCGGGUGUGAGCUUCAUGUCGUAUGGCGUGGCGACACUGUUGGCUGAAUCUCAGAUGGACGAUCUGAGGUUGUUUUUAAAAAAGGUCUUUCCUUUGGAAGGAUAGGGGCGUGUCAAUCUGCUGUGUACUGAGACUCACCCUGAAUAAAAACUCGAUCGACCUGGCAU